AUCUUAAUUUUCAUUUACGCUUAUACUUAGAACGAGACAAUAUACUAUUCGACUAUUUUUAAAUAUAAUAUAACGUUAGAAAAUAACAUAAAAACAAUCCUUAUUGAAUUAAAUAAUUGGAAAACUAUGGUUUACACCGGUUUCGAAAGUAACGGGAUGCAGAACGUUGAGGAAACUGAAUGGGUGCAAUAUGGAGAACCCAGCGACUGGGAGCACGGACUUGCAGUUUAUGAUGGAGUCGACAUGUUUAGCGGCGACGAGCAGGACCUGAAGCUCUCCAAGAACCGGAUGAUGAGCCUCAUCGACUACGAACUGGCAAUGAAGCAUCCCAUUCAGCACACUUGGACACUGUGGCACUGGGAGAACGAUCGCACCAAAUGCUGGACGGAGAUGCUCAGCGAUGUGACCAGCUUCAACACUGUCGAGGACUUCUUCAGUGUGUACUACUUUAUCAAGCCACCAUCGGAUCUGAAGAUAUUCAACGACUAUAUGGUCUUCAAGGCAGGCGUCCGCCCCAUGUGGGAAGAUGAUGUCAAUAAGGAGGGUGGCCGUUGGAUCAUGCUGUUCGACAAGGCCUCCGGUAAAUUUAUAGAUAAAAUGUGGCACGAUUUGAUUUUGUGCAUGAUUGGCGAGUGUUUUCAGUAUUCGAAUGAGAUAUGUGGCGUGGUUGUCAACGUGCGCCACAAGGCUAAUAAGUUGUCCCUUUGGACAAAGAAUUCGCGCAAUGUCCAGGCGAUCCUGUCCAUUGGCAGGCAAAUGAAGGAGCUGCUGCAUCUGGGCGAGCUGGAAAUCCAUUACCAAGUGCACAAGGAUGCCAUGGUGCAGCACGGACCCAAUGUCCAUGCCCUGUACAGGAUGUAGGCGUCAAACGGAGACGCUAUCGUAAAUGCCCAGUUCUUGGCUAGAAAUGUGCAUCUACGAUUGCACAGAGCUUAUGCUAAUAUAUAUGUCAAACUCACAUUUUAUCCACGCACCGAAGCUUUUGAGACGGAUAGCGGCUUCAGCAUGAAUAAAGCAUUGCAUAGAGAAA